CCUCCUCCCUCCUUCCUUUCCCUCGGUCGCUGUCUUCACUCCCUCGCCGCGAUACAUCACAUCAUCAUCUCCCGUCGCGAUCGGGGUCGAUCAGAUCAUCCUCUUCCCGCCCUUGACGUAACCGCCAACUGGUUCCCCGUCUCCUGGGCGUUCUCCCCCCCCCUCUGCGGUUCUUGACCUGACCACACCAUCAAUCAACAUUCACCCAAUUCACCCAUUACAACCACUGCGCUGCCAUCGCCAUCGCCAUCGCCAUCCCCCUCCCAAGGCAAUAUGGCCUUCUUUGAUGAUGGCCUGCAAGGCCUGCAUCAAUUCGUCCGGCGGAGCACCACCACCAGCGAGGAGGUGAAGAGCACCUCCAACUCGGCCUCCGACCUGGUCACCUCCCUGGUUCUCUCCUUGGUCGUGGCCGUGGCCAUGGUCUUGUUAUUCGUGAUCCUGCGGCGCACCGAGCGCCGCAUGUACAUGCCGCGAACCUACCUGGGCGUCUUGCGGCCCUCCGAUCGCACGCCCCCCUCUCCGACCGGCCUGUGGAACUGGAUCCUUCACAUGUACCGCCUACCCGAUGAAUAUGUCUUGCAGCACCACUCCAUGGAUGCUUACCUCCUCCUGCGCUUCUUGAAAAUCACCUCGAUGAUCUGCUUCGUCGGAUGCUGUAUCACCUUCCCCGUCCUGUUGCCCGUCAAUGGCACCGGUGGUGGGGGUAAGCAGCAGCUGGAUCUCCUGAGCAUGUCGAACAUCUCCUCGGACAGCUAUGGCCGCUACUUUGCUCACACCUUCAUCGCCUGGAUCUUCGUCGGCUUCGUCUUCUUCACGAUCACUCGCGAGUGCAUUUUCUAUAUCAACCUGCGCCAUGCCUACUCUCUGUCCCCCGCCUACGCCAGCCGCAUGUCGUCGCGCACCGUGCUCUUCACUGCGGUCACCGAGGAUUAUCUCAAUCGCGACAGGAUCCGGCAGAUGUUCGGCCCCGAGAAGGUGAAGAACGUGUGGCUGACGACCAACACCAGCGAACUGGACGACAUGGUUCAGGCGCGCGAUGAUGCUGCGAUGAAGCUCGAGGGCGCCGAAACGAAACUGAUCAAGAUGGCAAACGAGGCCCGCCUGAAGGCCCUGAAAAAGGGCAAUGCCGAGGAGGCUCAGAUGGCUGAGGAGUCCCUUUGUAACGACUCGGAUGACGAGUCCGGCUCGCUUGCUGCCCGCUGGGUCAGACCCUCGGACCGUCCCACGCAUCGCCUCACCAUGCUCAUCGGCAAGAAAGUGGAUACGAUCAACUGGGCGAGAUCUGAGAUCGAGCGCCUCAGCCCUGAGAUCGAGGAGCUCCAGGCCAAACAUCGGGCUGGCGAUGCCCAGCUGAUCUCGUCGGUUUUUGUUGAAUUCCACGCCCAGACCGACGCCCAGCUGGCCUUCCAGUCAGUGGCCCACAACCUCCCCUUGCACAUGUCCCCUCGUUAUAUCGGCCUGGAGCCUACUCAGGUCAUCUGGUCCAACCUCCGCAUCAAGUGGUGGGAGCGUCUCAUUCGUUACUCCGCGACCAUCGCAUUCGUCGUUGCUCUGAUUAUCUUCUGGGCCAUCCCUACCGCCGUCGUUGGUUCCAUCUCGAACAUCAACUACCUGACCGACAAGGUCCAUUUCCUUCGUUUCAUUGAAGACGUCCCCAGCUGGAUCCUCGGUAUCAUCACGUCGUUUUUGCCCACCGUCCUGAUGUCCGUGCUCAUGGCGUUGUUGCCGAUCAUCCUUCGGUUGAUGGCCAAGCUUGGUGGUGCCCCCAGUCUGGCUGCUGUGGAAUUGACUACUCAAAACUUCUACUUCACCUUCCAGGUAGUACAGGUUUUCCUGGUCGUCACGCUUGCGUCCUCUGCCUCCAGUGUCGUCACCAAGAUUAUCAGCAAGCCUACUGAUGCUGCGUCCCUGCUGGCCGACAACAUCCCUACUGCGUCCAAUUUCUAUAUCUCCUAUAUCAUUCUGCAGGGCCUCUCGUUCAGCGCCGGUGCCCUCCUGCAGAUCAGCGGAUUGAUCCUUGGCAAGGUCCUGGGAAGAAUCCUGGACAACACCCCGCGGAAGAUGUACAGUCGCUGGUCCAACCUCUCCGGACUGGGCUGGGGAACGGUGUACCCCGUCUUCACUCUUCUCGCUGUCAUUGCCAUCGUCUAUUCCUGCAUUGCGCCCCUGGUCCUUGGAUUCGCUACCAUCGGCCUGUACCUCUUCUAUUUCGCCUACCGGUACAACAUGCUGUACGUGUCCAACGCCAACAUUGACACCCAGGGCAAGGCCUAUGUGCAGGCGCUGAAGCACCUCACCGUGGGCUGCUACCUCCUGAUCGUUUGCCUGAUUGGUCUCUUUGCCAUCGCAACCGCCGCGAGCACCAUCGCGCUCGGUCCCUUGAUCCUCAUGAUCAUCUUCCUCAUCUUCUGUAUUCUCUACCACAUUGCCCUCAACAACGCGAUUGAGCCGCUUGUGAACUACCUGCCCAAGAACCUGGAAUCCGAAGAGGAGGCUCUGCUCUCUCGGGAGCAGACCAAGCUCAGCUCCCCUGGCGAGGUCUCUGACGAGGGCCAGGCCAGUGGCUCUGGGGCCCGCGACAGCGGAGUGGCCAACAUCGAUUCUGCUGAGAAGGGCCUGACCGUCACGGACGUUGAGGGACCCAAGCCCAACUUCCUGGCCCGGUACUUCCGUCCCGACAAGUACGAAAACUACGCGCACAUGCGCAGCAUCUGCCCCACCGGCGUGGAGCCCAUCAGCUACUCCACGGAGGUGGAGCGGGACGCCUACUUCCCUCCUUCCAUCAAGUCGCAGCCCCCUCUCCUCUGGAUCCCGCGUGACGAGAUGGGCAUCAGCCGACAGGAAGUCAAGCACUCGUCCAAGGUCAUCGAGAUCACAGACGAGGAGUCCUGGCUGGACGAGAAGAACCACAUCUGCUGGGAUGUGGACAAGGGGGUUCCCCCCAUCUUCAAGGAGAAGGUCUAUUACUAGAGGCAGUGUGGUCUGUCAGAUGCAGCAGGCCGGUGUUGUGUGUGUGUGCUCUGAGACGCUCUGUUGUCGAUGGCACCUGGCCUGCCAUGGUUUUCGGUGGGAAGUUCUGUGGUGCUUGAUACCCAAGGAAUGGCUAGCCCGGGGGUCGCAUCGGUGACCCCCCGCCUGCUUCCGCGAUAAUACACAUGUUCCCUUUCUAAUACUAAUAAAUGAGUCGCGCGUGUGAUGUAAUGUGAUGAUCCUGGCGGAGGACUGCCGUGGGGUGUGUGUGUGUGUUCUCUGCCCUGACGGCCGUGAUGUUACAUAGUGACUACUACCCAGCAUAAUGAAGAUGGUUGUUGGAUGAGAUAUGCAG